ACUAGUUUUUAAUGCAAACGUUUGUAGAGUAGAGUAGAAUGCAACUGUUAUUGUUUUGUUUAUUUCUUUUAGUUUGUGUCGUAGGUUUUCUGCUUCUGUUUGGUGGUAAUUUGAGUUUGUGUCUGCUUUAUUUUGUGUUUGGUUAGAAAUGGUAGGCAAGAAGAGAAAAUCAAGCUGCAUUGUUGAUUCUGAUUAUAGAGAGUACCUGGAUAGUUUAGAUUUUGAACCACUUGACGAUGGUUUUUGUAGGAAUGGAAGUGACAAGGUUAGAUUGAUGUAAAUGAUUUGGAUUCUGAUUACGAGAAGUUUACUGCUUUGGAGUCCGUUGUUGAUAGUAAAGAUGAUAAAUCUAGGACGGUAGAGGACAUGCUGGUGAGUGAUGAAGAAAACAAUAUUAGAGUUGAUAAUAAGGAAGAUUACAUGAAGUUUUUUGAUUUGGAUGAUUCUGUUAAUGCAUCUGUGGAUCAUAGCUACGAAGUUUUUCUUAAAUCUAUGAAAAAGGAGGGGAGAGAGAUGAAAUAUGAAAGGGAUGAUGGAUCACAUUAUAGGUUUAGAGCAGAAAAUCCUAAAAGAAAACGUUGCAGUCAAGAAGCUGUAGUGAAAACCAACCACGAUUGCAGACGCAAAAUAGAACAUAAAAUUGUAGAUCAUAGCUACGAAGUUUUUCUGGAAUAUAUGAAAAAGGAGGGGAGAAAUAUGAUAUUUACACCUGAAACUGGUGCAAAGGUAGUAUAUGACGAGGAUGAGUCGUCUGAUUCAGAAGUUAUUGUGAUGGACUCUGAUCCAUUUGCUAAUGAAAAGCAUACUCCUUUUGUUACUAAUCUGGAGGACGAGGGCAGCAAGUGGCUUGAGAGCUCUUGCAAAAAUGAACAUUCUUGGUUUAGGGAAAGGGUCACAGAAAUUCUCAGGCAACCGUUUGACCCAAUAGAGUAUGAUAAACUUUUUGGAGAAGCAUAUUACAAGAAGCCAGCAAUUGUGGAAAAAGACAUGCGUAAUGGACGAACAAGACAUAUUAUAGGACAAGGAAUUAGCCAUUCAUAUCUUGACCAAUACAUAGGUAAUGUUAAUAUCAAUUUAUCUUUUAACCUUGCUUACAAUUUAGAAAAGGCAUCUCUUUCUUUCUUGGAAAGGCAUGAUCGGCUUAACAUGCAUACGCAAUGUUUUAACUAA